AUGACCAAUAACCAGCAUAACACGAAAUACCAACCAGCAGCCAUGCUGCUCCUCCUCCUCCUGCCGGGUGUCGUCCACUCCACCUCCUCCACCGACCCAGCAUUCAUCAAAGAAUGCCUAGACAUGCACAACAAGAUCCGCGCCGCACACUCAGCGCCCCCUCUAACGUGGGACGCCCGACUCGCAGACGUAGCGCAACGUUACAGCGCAACGUGUCCGACGGGCCACUCGAUGACGCCGGGGCUAGGCGAGAACCUCGCGGGUGGGUACGCGACAGCGACCGAGGCGCUGCAGGCAAUGUGGGACGAGCGACAACUCUACAACUGGAAUGACCCCAAGUUCUCGAAGGAGGCGGGCCACUUCACCGCCAUCGUCUGGCGCGAUACCACACACGUCGGUUGCGGAAUGACAGAUUGCUCCCAUAUUGGGGAUGGGAACGGGAACCACUUUGGGAACUCGUUCGUUUGCGAGUAUACUCUGCAUGGCAACGUCGAGGGCCUAUUCCCGCAGAACGUUAUUCCCGAAGGCGGCAAACCGCCCCCGAAGUCCGAUCAGGGCCCGCCGGGCUCGCCUCCAGAUAACAACAAUCUAAAUUCCGGCGAAGUCUCGGGGGCGCCGGCGGCGGCGACCGCUCGUCCGUGGGGUGUUGUUGCUGUCACUGUGAUGCUGCUGGUGUGGGGCUUUGCGGGCGUGUUGAGACGCUGA